AUGACCCUGUCCAGGAAUGGCCUCCACUCCAUUCUGGGGCUGGCACCCCAUUUGGCAGGAGCGGGCGGCCCUGCUAGCUUGCCCAGCUCGCUGGCUGCUGCACCAGGCCUGGCGCUGGGCACCCUGGGGAAAAAGAAAGAGGAGAGGGCUCUAGACGAAUCCGUGGUGGCGAGGAGAGCGGCAGGGAGCCAUGUGGCCCCUCCAGGCCUGUGGUGGCUGUCAGAGCCGCCCCUGGGGCUGCCCAUGUCCUUGUACAUCCUGUGCAUUGCCAAGGGGCCUGGCCGAGAAGACGUCAGUGGCACUGAAGUCCAGGCUCUGCUUAGGGCUGGAUUUUUGCUGGUCUUCAGUUGCCUGGUGCUGUCCGUGCUGUCCACAAUUCAGGAGCACCAGGAACUUGCCAACGAGUGUCUCCUCAUCUUGGAGCUGAUCACCGCCUGGUACAUCGGAUUCCUGGUGCUCAUCUUUGCCUCCUUCCUGGUCUAUCUGGCCGAGAAGGACGCCAACUCUGACUUCUCCUCCUACGCCGACUCGCUCUGGUGGGGGACGAUCACACUGACAACCAUUGGCUAUGGUGACAAGACACCGCACACGUGGCUGGGCAGGGUCCUGGCUGCCGGCUUCGCCUUACUAGGCAUCUCCUUCUUUGCCUUGCCUGCCGGCAUCCUUGGCUCUGGCUUUGCCCUGAAGGUGCAGGAGCAGCACCGGCAGAAGCACUUCGAGAAGAGGAGGAUGCCUGCAGCUAACCUCAUCCAGGCUGCGUGGCGCCUGUACUCCACCGACACGAGCCGGGCCUACCUGACGGCCACCUGGUACUACUAUGACAGUAUCCUCCCAUCCUUCAGAGAGCUGGCCCUCUUGUUUGAGCACGUGCAACGGGCCCGCAACGGGGGCCUACGGCCCCUGGAGGUGCGGCGGGCGCCGGUACCCGAUGGAGCACCCUCCCGUUACCCGCCCGUUGCUACCUGCCACCGGCCGGGCAGCGCCUCCUUCUGCCCUGGGGAAAGCAGCCGGAUGGCCAUCAAGGACCGCAUCCGCAUGGGCAGCUCCCAGCGACGGACGGGCCCCUCCAAGCAGCACCUGGCGCCUCCACCGAUGCCCACCUCCCCGAGCAGCGAGCAGGUGGGUGAGGCCACCAGCCCCACCAAGGUACAGAAGAGCUGGAGCUUCAAUGACCGCACCCGCUUCCGGGCCUCCCUGAGACUCAAACCCCGCACCUCUGCUGAGGAGGGCCCCUCGGAGGAAGUGGCAGAGGAGAAGAGCUACCAGUGUGAGCUCACAGUGGACGAUGUCAUGCCUGCCGUGAAGACGGUCAUCCGCUCCGUCAGGAUCCUGAAAUUCCUGGUGGCCAAAAGGAAAUUCAAGGAGACGCUGCGACCGUAUGAUGUGAAGGACGUCAUCGAGCAGUACUCGGCCGGGCACCUGGACAUGCUGGGCCGGAUCAAGAGCCUGCAGGCUCGGUGGGUGCUCCGGCAGUGAGGCCGUGGCCCCAGCCCCCCACCCAAGGACUCCCCGCCUCCAACCGCGCCCCGCCCCCAGGUGCAGUCCAUCGAGCACAAGCUGGACCUGCUGUUGGGCUUCUACUCGCGCUGCCUGCGCUCUGGCACCUCGGCCAGCCUGGGCACCGUGCAAGUGCCGCUCUUCGACCCCGACAUCACCUCCGACUACCAUAGCCCUGUGGACCACGAGGACAUCUCCGUCUCCGCACAGACGCUCAGCAUCUCCCGCUCGGUCAGCACCAACAUGGACUGA